CGCGCACACCCUCAUCGGGCAGAUUCCGGCGUGCGCGUCCCCGCCUGGUCGAGCGCGCUCCCGCAGCCGUGUCGGCGGAGGACAGCGUCCACCCCGCGCGCGCGCACGUCCCCUGCGGAGAACAAGCGUUCUUCUGCUUAUUUUUUGUUAGGGCGGCUUCGUGGUGGGUCGUUGCGGGAGACGACCGGUGACAGCGCAACCGGGAGCCGCGUCCCAACCCUCGGCGAGGGCCCCGCACAUCCGGCCAUGGCCAGCCCGCCCGCAGGUCGCGGUCGCCACGUCCGGAGCCGCCCGGAGCCCGCCUGCUUGGAGGCGCAGAAAUGGAUCGAGGCGGUCACAGGGAAGAGCUUCGGAGACAAGGACUUCCGCAGCGCGUUGGAGAACGGCAUCCUGCUAUGCGAGCUUCUGAGUGCAAUCAGACCGGGCCUGGUCAAGAAGAUCAACAGACUGCCCGCCCCCAUCGCCGGCUUGGACAACCUGUCAGUCUUCCUGCGGGCCUGCGAGGAACUCGGCCUGAAUGGCUCGCAGCUGUUUGACCCGGGAGACCUCCAGGACACCUCCAUCCGAGCAAACCUCAAGGACUCUGACUGCAGCCGCAAACUGAAAAAUGUCCUGAACACCGUGUUCUGGCUCGGCAAAGCGGCCAGCGGUUGCGCCUCGUACAGCGGACCCGCGCUCGACCUCAAGGAAUUUGAGGGGCUGCUGGCAAACAUGAAGGCGGACGGCGAGGAGGCGGCCGACGGCUCACAGAAGCGCAGAGUUCGAGACAGCGGCUACGAUUGCUGGGAUUCGGAGCGCAGCGACUCGCUCUCGCCACCCGGGCACACUCGAGACAACUCUCUAGACAGUCUGGACUCGGUUGGCUCGCGUUCGCAGCACAGUCCUUCUCCCGAUGUGGCCAACCAAGGCACCACGGAAGGAAGAGAUGGAGACCUGGUAGCGCACGGCAGCGGGAGGCUCGACGCGCAGAAGGACGACAUGUCGGCCCGGCGUGCGGCCAGCGGCGAGGCGCGCACCCCUGUUGUCUUCAACCAGUUCCUGCCCAGUCGGAGCAACGCCGGCUCUUACGUUCUGAACACGAGGCGCAGACCUCAUGCUGAGGACAGAGAGCAGCGCAGUCUCGCCGAGGGCAAAAAGACCCCAAAGAGCGUCACCUGGGCGCCUGACCAUCAGGGCGAAAGGGAUAUAUGUGAGCAGACGAGGCUACAGAGGUUGGAGAAGGCGGGCAUCAAAGUGGUGCCUGCUGCCCUUCGCUACGGAAGCCCUUCCUCCUCCUCCACCUCGCCCACCCCGGAGAGACCGGCUUCUCCCAAUAUCAUCCUCCGACGCGACAAUGACUUUUUUAACUCGCACAAAUCCGCUUGGGACUCGUCCUCGGACGGUGAGGGCGAGGCGGAGGGCCAGAAGGUACCGGACGUUCGAAAAGAUGACCUGGCCUCUCGACGGGCUCCUCGGGGCCCCGCGGUGCCCAGGAUGCAUCACUUUGUCGUGGCCACACCACUGCUCGAGUGCAGCAGCAAAGACCAGGAACGCUGGGAAGGCAUCAGGCGAGCCUCGCAUAAAACACUGAAGGACAAGGACACCAGCCAGCUUGAUCAAAUCCCUGACAUCAUUACUCGCCAAAGAGAAGGCAAGGAUGAGGAGGAGGACUGUGAGGAGCAAUCCGAGGAUGCGGGAACGGUUAAAGCGACACCCGACAAGCGGACGGACGACCUGGCUCUCAGACGAGCUCGGAGUAGGCCAAGCCCCCUCCUCCGGGACGGACCGAUGAGCUUGUCGUCGGCCGCUAUGAGUCAAGCCGAUGUGCAGAAGUGGGAGAGGCUCAGGAUGAGUGAACCCAGCGAGCCUGGACCCGUCCCCGUGUGUCAGGCUUGUCGGGAGAAAACGUACGGCAGUGGUGAACGGGGUCUCAGCAAAUCGGUGAGGUUCGGGGGCGUGACCGAGAUGGGGCAGCCAAUGGGCGUGCCCGAGUCGGGGUUGCUAGGACGACUCGUCUCCCAGGCGACGGUCGCCGUGCCGACCAUUGGCCUGGGCUCCCUGCUCUCAGAGCGGGAAGGCAGCCUCGCAGAUGGAGCGCUACCCGAGCAAGCUACCUCCAACGGCUCACGUGGCUCUCUGGAGGCUCCUCGCUCUCUGGCCGAGCCGGACGCUCGUCCGGCUCGGUGUGAGAGCGGUUUGAAGGAGGAGGAGGAAGAAGAGGGGAGGAUACCAGACAUUCGGAAAGAUGACAUGACGGCUAGGCGAACGGGAGCUUUCCAGAAGCAAAGCGUGUCUUCGGGAUCUUACAACCGCUUCUUGCCUUUGCCCGCCUCAAAGUACAAGGUCCAGGUGACUCUUCCGAGCACCGAGGAAGUGGACAGGAACAAGAACAUCAGAGCGGCAGAAGGGAAAGAUCUCAUUGAAAGUAACCCUCGCACUCAUAUUGAGAGUGAACAUGUUGAUGAUGAUGGUGAUGAUGUUGACGACGAGGUAGACGAACCUCUUCCCAACCCGGAGAAGGACGACAUGAUGGCUCGCAGGACGGGAUGUCUCCAAAAAUCCAGUGCGACCUUCAGGCAGUUUCUACCUGUGCCGGGUGUGCUUAAAAACAAGACCAUCCAAAGUUGUGGAAACAAGCAGGCACCGAAGUGUGUGGAAAAGAUGGCGAGCGAAAGCAGUGGCGUCCGAUCGGCCAGGAAGCGCGAAGGGCCAGAGGGGGAAGCGGACGUGCAAAAAGACAAGACAGCAGAUGUGACAAACGUGACCCCUUCCCUACUCCGGCCGGAUGAUGUCGUCCCGCCAAGUCGGGAGGCGGGGUUAGGAAAGGCCAGUAAGAAAAUGGAGAAACCACAGAGGAAGAAAGCCUCCUGUGUGGCGGACGAUGAUCUGCCGCCAGUGAUGAUGAACCGCAGAGUCGCUUUUAUGUGUGGGGACGCCGAGAGUGCAAGCAUGAGCGACAUGGCGGACCGGGACGAAGCCGGACACUCGCCGCCGCUCAGCCUGUCGCGUUACGAGCGGAUGCACGAGCAGUACAACAACUUCCAAGACGAGGACGACCGGUGGCAAAGUGACUUGGCCCGUUGGAAGAACCGCCGCCGCUGUGCCUCACAGGAGCUGAUCAAGAAGGAAGAGGAGAGGAAGAGGAUGGAGAGGAUGAAUGGGGAGGGAGGAGACAAGAGGAAGAGCAUCAAGACCUACAAGGAGAUUGUGGAGGAAAAGGAGCGGCGAGAGGCAGAGCUGUGUGAGGCGUACCGCGAUGCGGCGUCGCCAGACGAAGCGGCCGGGGUUCUGCAACGUUACGCUCUCCGAUUCACCAUCAGCGAUGCCACGCUGGACUUCUUAAAGCUACCCCGCUCCAGCGCAAACCCCGACGCGACCCUAAACCAGGCCAUCCGCAAGCACAGAACCGUUCAUGAUGACUCUGAGCCAGAAUCAACACAGCAGAAGACGUGUGAAGACUUCCACGUGGGGCUGAAAAAAGGUCCACUGGCUUCAGACAGCACACCUCCUCGAUCCCAAGAAACCCUCGAUUCUCCAACCCAAACAUCUUCUAGUAAACCGGAACCAGCGACCAAAGUGGACGCAAAACCCCAACCUGCGCCGCCUCGCUCGGCAAAGCCUGCACUCACGCUCCCCGCGCCGCCGCCGCCGCCAGCACAUUCCCGACCCGUACCCCUGUUGGCCGCCAAGCCCUACUGCCCGCCACGCAGCUCGCAUGGAAUCAAGAUGGACGGUCUAGUGCGUGCGAAUGGCGACACAGACAAUUCGCCGCUGCAUUCGCCGUCAGACAAGGACAACUUGGUCGCACAGGCGGAGACGGAGGCCUCCUCUCUGCCAGAGAUACGGGACCGGUCGCCUCCUCCCCAGGCUGCGACGUCCUCCUCCUCGUCUUCGUCGUCCGUCUCGUCUUCCUCCUCAUCCGCCAUCAGCUCGCUGUUCGGCGGGAGGAGCUGUAUCACCAAGACCACCAUCGUCACUGAACUCACACAGACGUUGGUGGAGCCACACGGCCUGGAAAACAACAGCCACAGCCGGGUGAAUGGAAGUACGUCUGUUGAGAAAGCAGCGGAGGAACAACAGUCUCAGCCAGCGUCAUCAUCGACCUCAAUAACCAGCAUACAAGAACAUUGUGCCAGUGUCACAGAACGCCAAGAGGAGAGCAGCAUGAGCAUUGAGACCCCCAUAUUGAACUUGGCUAAGCGUGUUAAUCACUGGGUCUGGGACCCCAAUGAGGAGCGUAAGCGUGUGGAAAGGUGGCAACAGGAGCAGGAGCGCCUCCUACAGGAGCAGUACAAGAAGGAACAGGAGAAGCUGAAGAAGGAGUGGGAGAAAGCUCAAGUGGAGGUACAGGAGGAAGAACGCAAGCACAACGAAGAGGAGAGGAAGAUCUUGGAGGAGACUGUAGCGCCCCUCAAACCCCGCGUGGGGAGCGCGUCGCCACCUCCUGGAGACAAAGAAACCGUCAGCCACCUCGUACCCUUGCAGCAGAAUGGCCACAAAGACACGAGAGGAAGCGAAGAGCAGCAUGCGUCCAAGCUGCACUUCUUCCGAGAUGCCGUCUCUGACACCGAGCCAGCUCCGAAGUCUGAAUCGUGGAAGACGGCCUCCCUGGGCCGGAACACUCAACCGAACCGACCACGUGGCGUCAAAAGGUGCGAUUCCCAUGAUGCUAUUUCCGGAACACAGCGGCCGUCCUCACCCUUGCCUCCGUCGCCCAGCAGGUGCAUUAGCAGGAAGAGGCAAUGCUCAGGUUGUUCUCAGCCGCUGGGAAAAGGAGCGGCGAUGAUCAUCCAAACGCUCGGUCUGUUCUUCCACAUGCAGUGUUUCAAGUGUGGUCUGUGUGAGGGGCAGCUGGGCGACGCCACCACCGGAACGGAUGUGAGGAUCCGUAAUGGACUGCUGAGCUGUCACCACUGCUACGUCGCAUCUACAAGCCGAGGACAGCCCACCACAUUAUGAUGAUCUGAAAAGCCCUCAUAUAACUUUACUCAAAUAUCUAAAUGGACCCCACGUGAUCUAAACAUACAUACACAGUGUGUUUUUGUAAGCAUGACCAGUGUAUUUAUGACGAGACAAGCACAAUACAUCAACUGGAAUAAUAAUACAGUGAACCCUCGUUUAUUGCGGGACAUAGGUUUGAGACCGACCCACAAAUAUGUCAACAUUUGCGAUAUAGAGAGUCAGUUAAAAAAAAAAAAAAAAAAAAUAUAUAUAUAUAUAUAUAUUAAAAAUACUCCUCUCACUUACUUUAAAUUGGUUUUUUUUUUUUAAAAACACUCCAAACGGGCACAUAAAACAAAAGAUAAGGAAUUAAAUAAUGCAGCAAUUUGGCAAAUAGUAAAGAAUUCUUCACAAAAGAGACUCCAAGCUGCUUAUUGCCGCUCCCAUUUGAAGUUUACUGUCAAACUAAAUAUUAAACAAAGAGAAUUACGCGUGUAUUUUAAACAACUACAUAGGUCUGCCUUACGAGAGUCUGCUUACUUUAAAGCUAACAUAUAUGAAGAAGGCUAUUUUCAUGUUAACGGUUAGCAUCCAUAGUUACUGUUAGAAACCUCUAAAAGAUAUUCGCAAACAAACAGUGGAAGCUACACAUUUACACAGAUCAUAUAAAAAUACUCACACACAUAUAUUCUUUGUCCUCUACAAAAAAUAAUAUAUUACAGCGUUUUACUGAGUCACUCGCAGCGGUAGGCGAAGAUUCUUCUUCUUUGUUUGAGUUUGGAUGACUGUAUUAUAAAGUACUGCCUCCUGGUGGCCAAGGCGGCCACACUACAUUGAUUUGGAUUGCAGCAUUAAAUCACUAUGCUAACGGUUUAAUUAAUUCCUUACAUUCUAUUUAAUUAUGUCAUUACUGUAUGUUUUUAUAAAGUACGAAAUUAUAGAGAACUAUUUUCCUUAUUAAAAAACCCAAACACACAAAAAAAUACGUUUUUUGAGGGGGGAACCUGGAUGAUUCGAGAUAUGAGUGUUUUGAGUUACAAGUGUGGUCAUGGAACAAAUUAAACAAAGUAUCUCAAGGCACCACUGUCAAAAAAAACUAUAAAACCUUUCAAAUCUGACAUAUAGCGUUGGUGCGAAAUAUGAACCGCUAUAUAGCGGGGGUUCACGGUACAUCAACUGAAGUAAUGUACAGUAUACGCUACAAGACUAUAACACUCCUCUCUUAUACUGUAGGUAUCACGACCAUUUUAAUGCCUUACCUUCUCCUUUUUCUUCUUUGUUUUUACACUUUUGCAUGAACAUAAGUUAUUGCAAGUAUGAGUCUGACAUGCAGUUCUCCAGCAUUUAAGUUUGUUGUCCAUCUUUAUCCACUUUGCAUGUUGGCUUUGAACCUUUUGUUUCCCCUUUGAGCUAUUUCAACCAGUGCCUUAAUUCAGUGUGUGUGUGCGGGACUAUUACACAUGGACCUCUAAAUGUGUGUGUGUGUGUGUGUUUGUAUGAAGUGACAUGAAGUACAAUUCCAUACCAGCAAGUAAAAUGAGUGGUUUAGCUUCUUCCGCAUCCUUCUCUCUUAUAGAGCUUAAACCAAUGACACGUACGUAAUAACUGCUGCUUCCCUCUUGAUUAUUUUUAGCGGCAUUUCAAAACAUCCCUUCAGGACAAGUGUUGCCUUUCUCCAUCUCAAACUUCUCGUUUCUUCUGUCCGACGAACGCUCUCCUCGCUGUCUUUUAUAGCCACUGUAUGUUUGUCAAUACAACUGUCUAAAAUG